UUAGCGAUUGCUCUAUUUCCUGAUUGUUCAACUCUUGAUGAUGAAACUCCAAGUCUGAAAAACUAUGGACUCCAUCGAAUGAAGUACCAGAAAGUACCUUACGUAGUUUCUAUCAUUCAAAAUAAUAAUCACAUCUGUGCGGGGACGAUCAUUGAGAAAAACUGGAUAAUCACAUCUGCACACUGCGUAGAGAGGCAGAUUAACCUACAAAUCCAAGCUGGACUAGUUAAUUUGAUGAAUCCUGGGAAACAUCUACAGAAGAGAAGAGUUGAGGAGGUGUUCAUACAUCCUCUUUACGUUGACAGAAACGUGUCUAUGCAGUAUGAUGUCGCUCUUUUACUGCUCGAGACAAAACUCAACUUCAAUAUAGCUGUUGAGUCUGUUGGUAUACUCACUCCUAGUCAACUGGAAAGUCUCAUAGAGCAUCAAGAACCUGCUCUCAUCUCAAGUUGGGGCUGUAAUGAAUCUGCUGAUGCGGCUGUAUCUAAUACAUUAUUUUCUGGAAAUGUAGAUUUACUCAGCAACGAAGAAUGUGCGAAACUUUUACCAACCAACAAUGAGGUCAUUUCUGGAGUUCAGCUUUGCAGUUCAACGGAAAAUUCAACUAUGUUUACUGGAUACUUGGACAGUGGAGGCCCCUUGGUGAUAAUGAAUAAGUUAGGAGGUUUCAUCAUACACGGAAAACAAAAUAGGAAUGAAAAUCAACCAUCCCUUUCCUCAGUUCAUGCCAGCGUCCCAUCCAUAAGAAGUUUUAUAGGAUCCUAUAUCCCACAUUUACUUCCUGAUGACGAUCCGCUAGCAAGAGAUAUGAUCACCACAGACGAUUUCAUCGAAAUCGAUUUGGUUUUUCAAUCGGUCCAUUCACCUCAAGGAAACAAGCUGUUCAGAAUAUCUUUCAACUUCAGAUAUCCUCGACGUUGGAAAGCUGGGAAUUCACUGGAGGAUACAUGUAGGAGCGAUUAUGAUGAAAGCUUGGAUAAUCACGAAGCAUGGAUAUUGAGUACAAAGGUUAUCAAAUCCGAUAAACAAAGAAGAGGGUAUAAUUCAUUCUUCCCUAACUUCAAAUUUGAUAUUUCUGCAUCGGUUCCUCGAAGUGUGGAGUCUAAUUGAUGAAGGUUAUAGUUGGGAACUAAUAAAAAAUGAGAAUUUCA